GAGUGAAAAAAGAGGGCAUUCUCAACGCGAUUUUCUUAGACAGAAAAAGUCGAAGCCAGUGGCAUUUUUGGGGAAUCGAGUUAAAAAAGAGGGCAGCGGUUCUUAUGGCCAUUUGUUUAGAGAGAGAGAGAUGGUUGAAGCUUCAGUGGCAUUUUUGGUAAAUUGAGUGAAAAAGAAAGGAUUCUUAAGACCCAGUGGCAUUUUUGGUGAAUUAAGUUAAAACAAAGAGGCAAUUAUAGAGAGAGUUGAACUCCGGUGGCAUUUAUGAUGAAUUGAUUGAAAAACAGAUGUAAUUAUUCCCAAGACCAUUUUCUCAGAGAGAGAGAGAGAGAGAGAGAGGAGAUAUGGUAGAUCGCACUUCACUUGAAAUGGUGGAACAUCAAUUGCUCAUACCAGCCCGUACCGAUGACGAUCCGGUCGAUCAACGGAUAGGAUACGCCACGAUCAUACAAGUAGGCAGUGAAGAAGAACACGGCGAAGAUGGCUCUGAUGAUGAUGAUGAAGAAGAAGAAGAAGAAGAAGAUGGAGAAUCCCUUGUUUCUAUUCACGGCGACGAGCUCGAAGAAGAAGCGAAUCAAGAAGAACAGCCACACGUUCUGAUGGGCCACGAUGAUCUAGAUCCAAGGUGGGUUUUUUCACUCGAGCGAAAGCUUCUCUUCGAGCCGCAGAUCCAAAAGAAAUCAUCAAGCAUCAACGGCUCAUGCUCAAUCCACAGAGUCCCCGAUUGCUUCCGUCAAGGUGAUGAAAACGCAUACAUGCCACAGAUUGUCUCCAUCGGCCCAUUCCACCGGUCCAAGAAGAACCUACAAGCCAUGGAGGAUCGAAAGAGGAACUACCUUCGUGACGUCAUUUCAUGGACCCGAAUCAACCGUGGAGAUGCCCCAUCGAUUAUCUUGGAGAAGUACCUAAUCGCCAUCAAAUCGGUGGAGAAAACAGCCCGGGAUUGUUACUCAGAGACCAUUGAUCUCGACAGCAACGCCUUUGUGGAAAUGAUGGUGGUGGAUGGUUGUUUCAUCAUCGGCCUACUUUGCAAGGUGGCCCACCUGAUCCACGUCGACGAUGGCGAUCCCAUUUUCAAGAUGGGUUGGCUGAUGAGCAAGCUUCAAAAUGAUUUGCUGAUGCUCGAAAACCAAAUCCCUUUUGUUGUCCUCCAAUCCCUGUUUGAUCUGAUGAAUGUCUCGAGCGGUCAUGAUCGUACCUCCCUGGCCCACCUAUCCCUCAAUUUCUUCGAAGGACUGGUGCCCAAGAUCGAAAAUGCAAUGAAAGAGGACCCCAAGAUCAACUGUCAGCAUUUACUCCAUCUCUUCCACUCCAGCUUACUUCCAACAUUUAAGAAGGCUGAAAAGAAAGAGAAAGAUAACGAAAAGGAGGCUAAUCACCUAAACCUGAUACAUUCGGUCACCGCCCUUAAGGAGGCUGGGAUCAAAUUCAAGAAAGCGAAGACGGCAGACAACUUCUUCGAUGUGAAAUUCAAGAACGGCACGAUGGAGAUACCGACGGUCGUGAUUCAUGGAGCCACGAAUUCGCUGUUCCUCAAUCUGAUUGCGCUUGAGCAAUGUUACUCUGAUUGUAGUGAUCAUUUCACGGCCUACACUGCUUUCAUGAAUUGCCUGAUAAACUCAGCCAGGGAUGUUGGGAUCCUCCGCCGGAGUGGGAUCGUUGAGAACUGGUUGGGGAGUGAUGAAGAUGUGGCCCACCUGUUUAAGAUGCUGGGUAGGGAGGUGGCUAUUUCGACGGACGGAUUCUAUCUGUCUGAUGUGUUUAAGGACGUUAAUCUGUAUUGCAGGACGGAUUGGAAUGCAUGGAAAGCGAGCUUGAAGCGGGAUUAUUUCAAUAAUCCAUGGGCGAUUAUUUCUUUUGCGGCAGCAAUUAUUCUUCUGGGCCUUACUUUCAUCCAGACGUUUUUUACCAUGUAUUCAUAUUUUCGACCUCCAUUGUAGGGAUGUGAUGAUCUUCUUCUU